CUCUCUUCGGCUGGGGCGGCGAAUUCUUCUCCCACCCCCCUUUAUGAGACCACUGGGGUUGCUGCGGUGGCCGGCGGCCCUUCCGAGGCCUGGGCUCAGGUGGUGCCGGAGGCGGCUGUAGUUGCCGUAGACCGAUGCUUGCUUGCCUGGGGCGGAGAGGAGCGGCUCCUGGCGGGCAAAGGCUGGCGUGGGGAGACCAGAUGAGGAGGAGGAGAAAGAGGGUGUCGCCGCCGCCGGGCCCCUCAUAGUCCCGGCCUUGCCAGGCAGAUGCAUCCCAGGAUGAAUGAAAUGAGCCUGAGCCCUGUAGGGAUGGAGCAGCUGACAGCUUCCUCCGUGAGCAAUGCCCUGACUGUUGCAGGAAACCACUUAGGACUGGCUUCCUCACCAACACACAAUGCCAUACCAGCACCAGGAUUGCCAGUUGCAAUUCCAAAUUUGGGGCCCUCCUUACCUUCUGCUCUGUCUCUGAUGCUUCCAAUGGGCAUUGGGGAUAGAGGAGUAAUGUGUGGUAUACCAGAGAGAAAUUAUACCCUACCUCCACCACCUUACCCUCACCUGGAGAGCAGCUAUUUCAGACACAUUCUACCUGGUCUCUUAUCUUAUUUAGCUGACAGACCUCCACCUCAGUACAUCCACCCCAACAAUAUAAACGUUGAUAGUAAUCCAGCUUUAUCUGUCUCCAACAAUCCUUCCGGCCUAGAUCCCUACCAGUCCAAUGGAACAGUGGGCCUUGAACCAGGCAUUAUCUCCAUGGAUUCCCGCUCAGUGAAUGCACACAGCACUCAAACCUUGCAUCCCAGUGACAGCCAUGAGGUAGCUCUGGAUUCAACAAUUGCUAUGGAAAGUGUCUCGAGGGUCGCCAGUCCAAUCUCAUCUGACCGGAUGGCUGAGGAACUUACAAUGGGUGAUGUGGCUGGAGAUCAUUCGCAGAUUGCAAAUGGCAGCCGUAGUCAUGAGCCUCUUGCUGUGGAUGCCGUGGGUAGCAGUUUAUCCGCAGACACUGUAGGGCAUAAUGGUGUCAUCCCUAUUCAUGGCAGCAGUUUGGAGCUUCCUGUUGUUAUGGAGCCUGACCAUAUUGCAGGCCGCGUCAGUGGGAUAUUGAGUGUUGCACUUUCUACCUCACACAACCUCACGUCCCUGGAAUCUGUUUCCUUGCAUGAAGUGGGUCUCAGUUUGGAGCCCGUGACCGUGUCCUCCAUAAGCCAGGAAGUAGCCAUGGGUCAAAAUCAUGUGGAUGUCUCCUCGGACAAUCUUGGUUUUGUGCCAUCAUCAUUGCAGUUGGAAGACUCCAAUUCAAACAAGGAGAAUAUGGCUACCCUGUUUACCAUAUGGUGCACCCUCUGUGACAAGGCCUACCCAUCAGAUUGCCCGGAUCAUGGCCCUGUGACCUUUGUUUCAGACACCCCAAUAGAGAGUCGAGCUAGGCUUUCUCUCCCAAAACAGCUUGUUAUCCGCCAAUCUAUCAUGGGAGCUGAAGUUGGUGGGCAGUAUUGUCAGUUAUCAACCUGUCUUGGAUCUUCUUCCUUGGGUGUGUGGGCUCGGGAAACCAUUCCUGUACGUACUUGUUUUGGACCACUCAUUGGGCAACAGAGUCACUCCAUGGAAGUAGCUGAUUGGACAGACAAAGCAGCCAAUCACAUUUGGAAGAUGUAUCAUAACAAUGUCUUGGAGUUCUACAUCAUCACAACUGAUGAAAAUGAAUGUAACUGGAUGAUGUUUGUGCGGAAAGCCAGGAACCGGGAAGAACAGAAUCUGGUAGCUUACCCUCAUGAUGGAAAGAUUUACUUCUGCACCUCAUGUGAUAUCCCUCCAGACCACGAGCUUCUUUUUUACUACAGUCGAGACUAUGCACGGCAGAUUGGUGUUCCUGAGCAUCCUGAUGUGCACACUUGUCACUGUGGAAAAGAAUGUACAUCCUACACAGAGUUCAAGGCCCAUCUGAGUAGUCACAUCCACUUCCCCAGUCAGGGGCACAGCAGCAGCCAUGGACCAGGCCACAGUAAGGAAAGGAAGUGGAAAUGUUCCAUGUGUCCUCAAGCAUUCAUCUCGCCUUCUAAGCUUCAUGUUCACUUCAUGGGGCACAUGGGCAUGAAGCCGCACAAGUGUGAUUUCUGUAGCAAAGCCUUUAGUGACCCCAGCAAUCUCCGUACACACCUCAAGAUUCAUACAGGUCAAAAGAAUUACCGCUGUGCUCUCUGUGAGAAGUCAUUUACUCAGAAGGCCCACCUGGAGUCGCACAUGGUCAUCCACACAGGGGAGAAAAACCUGAAGUGUGAUUACUGUGACAAACUAUUCAUGCGACGGCAGGAUCUCAAGCAACAUGUGCUCACCCAUACACAAGAACGUCAGAUCAAGUGUCCCCAGUGCGAGAAGUUGUUCUUGAGAACAAACCAUCUAAAGAAACACUUAAACUCUCAUGAAGGAAAACGUGACUAUGUGUGUGAAAAAUGCUCCAAGGCUUAUUUGACCAAGUAUCACCUUACUCGCCACCUGAAAAUUUGUAAAGGACCCACCUUCAGUCUCUCAGCCCAGGAAGAGGAGGAGGAGGAGGAAGAAGAUGAUUCUUCUUCAGAGGAGGAAGAAUUGAUAAACUCUGCAAGAAGUGAAGACUGUAGGCUUAAUACAGGCAUGUAUGUGUCAAAUGACACACUCUCUUGCCACAAAUAAGAAAUGGAGGCGUUCUUGAAGUGAAAUUGACUCAACUUCCUAAAAUCAUGUUUAUCAAACUAAUAUUUGUACAGUGAACCUCUCUAAUGACCAGAGCUCAUGCCUUUAAUGAAAAUGGCCGACAUAUUUUUUCAGAACGGUUUCCAGAAAGCUCAUGCCAAUGUUACAACCACCCACUUUCAUCUGUUAGAAUUGUACUAUUUGUGACCUGGCUGAUGUGUCAUGCAUGACUUUUAGAAUGAAACAGGUGGAUACAAUUCUGAAUUUUGAUCAGCCUACUAUUUGGAACAAUACAGAUAUCCUAUUUUACAAUUAAUUGUACCUUAGUGUAUACAAAUCAAAUUAUCACAGCAGUACAAUACUCUGGCUAUGACUUACUUGUUAUAUAAAAUAAUGUUGAGCUCCAUAGGAACUUGUUUAAAUCAGCAUUCAUUGUAUACCAAUGAAUUAAGUGCUCACAGGUUGACAACUGACUAUUUCCAGGUGACUACAAUGCAACAGUAUAGAAUAGGAUCCAAUGCAACAGUACAGUAUGGGAUCCAUACAGAACGGCAUGCUUGUGUUUGGAAUGCAGACUUGGUUUUAGCAUGAGUCAGAGUUUUACUAAACAGUGGUUAUAUCAUAUGGUAUUAUCUAUACUGUAACUGGUAACCACUUCCUUUGAGAAGGGGACUUCUGCUGCUAAUGUAUUUAUGGAAGAAAAAUACCAUUUAAAAUCUGUUUCCUUAUGGGAAAAAAUUAAAAUACUGCUUUUUAAUCUGUGCAUUAAUUCAACUCUCUUCCCGAUGACAUUUUUUGCUGAACAGGAAUCUGUUUUCUUUGUAGUACUUCUGUCCAGAGAAGUAAAUAUUAAGCUAUAGCCUACAACUUCUUCAGUUUAGUAAUAACAAGUGUUUAAUAA